UCUAAAGAAAGCGAAGGAAUUAAAAGUGUAACCCCCAAAAGCUCUAACAAUCACAUAAACGCAAAACGAAUUAAUUACGUAAUUAACCAAAUUCAUCAAACAAACCCGAUCUUCUCGUAACAAUUUCUUCUCAAACAGUUCAAUUCGGUAUCUCCUCUCCACCCAACUCAGACACUGUAUUAAUUCAUGUCUUUACCUUGAUUGAUCAUUGCCUUCUAAUUACUUGAUCACGUAUUCCCGGAAAUAACUGCGCCAUUUUGAUAUAAUUAAGUAGCGCUGAUCAUCUUCGGGAUGGAGGCGACUCAAGAGAACCAGCAGCCCUUGUUGCCGGAAAGUGUUGCGCCGUCGAUGGUGCCUAGAAAACAACCUAAGACGCCUGCUCAGAGAGCCAUGAGGAAAACCUUCAAAGGGACUGCUCACUUAGCCAACCUCCUUCCAACGGGGACUGUCCUUGUGUUCCAGAUAUUGUCUCCGGUGCUCACCGACCAGGGCAGGUGCCCCACGGCGGCUAGCUGGGGCAUGACACUCUGCCUGAUAGGUCUAUCUGCGAUCUCGUGCUUCGUCUGCUCCUUCACUGACAGCAUUCGGGAUUCGAGGGGCAAGGUUAGAUAUGGACUUGCUACAUUUAGAGGGAUAUACAUCAUGGACGCUUCUGUGGUGUUAUCGCCCGAGGAAACGGCCAAAUACAGACUGAGGUUGAUAGAUUUCUUCCACGCAUUCAUGACGUCCAUGGUUUUCGGGGCGGUCACCCUGUUCGACCGUAAUGUGGUGAAGUGCUUCUACCCUGAACCAUCGGAGGACGCUCGGGAGUUGCUGGUGGAGGUGCCUGUUUGCAUUGGAAUAGUAUGCAGCCUCUUCUUCAUAGCCUUCCCGACCAAGCGCCACGGGAUCGGCUUCCCCCUCUCUAGGGAGUAGCAUACAUGUAUUAAUUAUAUGGCAAUCGGUCCAUCCACGUGAUAUAUAUCCUAGAUUUAGACAGA